AUGUCAUCAAUGAAGGGCGGGGCAGCUCAACCCUGGUUGCCCAGGCUCCUGAGCAAGAGGCUAUCAGAAAUGUUCUGCUCCAUGAGGCAGAGCAGCUGUACUCCACUGGUCUGGGUGGCCAUGUGCCACUCAUUCUGGUAUUCUCUCGUCACGUUCCCGUUGCGCCCCUGCGUUCCCAGACUCCUCACCUGGAAGCUGUUGUGGUUCCUGACCCUGGCAGCCGGGUUUCCAGAAACGCAAUGGGCCCUGCUGACUAACAAGCCACCAGCGCCCACUGAGCCCUGGUCUUUGCCUGAUCUCCUGCUGGAAAUGGCCAGGGCCCUUCCUCCCCAGCCACAGCCGGAGGGCUCUGAUGACCCAGCUUCCUCUGCUCCCUCCCUGGGCUUGACCCCAUCUCUAAAACCCUCUGAACAAACUGGAAUUUCUCAGGUCCUUCUGGAGACCCAAACUCGAAAUCCAAAGACUGCAAAGGUCCAGUCCUCUUCACGUCAACAAGAAGUCAAAUAUCAACUCUCACAGGCCCCGGAGGAAGCUGAACCUCCUGUAACCCGGCAGGAUUCCCAUGCUCGGUAUGAACUUGGUACUGAGGAGGAUAUAGAUAGGCUGUUGAUGUACCAAGAGGCAAAUGCUUCAUCUCAAAGUAGGAGUGAAGCUCAUCAUUCAAACAUGCCGUUUGUCACAGAGAAACCUGUGGACAUGAAGGUUACCAAAUCUACAGUGGCAGCAAAAAAGCCACAACCUCCUUCAAGCCAGCUGCAGGCCCUGACCAAACCUCCAGAGAGUCCUGCGGAGGAGGAACCUUUCUCAGAUCGACAAGAGGUCCUGGCUCAGACCCCAGAGCUCUCUGAAGAGUUAGAAAUUUCCUCAACCCACCAAGAGGCCCCAGCUCAGCCUCUAGGCCCUCCUGUGGAGGCUGAACUUUUUGACACAAAGACAAAGCCAACUCAGCCUUCUGAGUCUUCUAGGAAAGAAGAACCACCUUCUGAAAGCCAGUUGGAAGCCCCAGCUCAGCCCUCAGAGUACAUUGAAGAUCUGGAAACUGAGCAACCAGCUCAGUUUUCAGAGAAUCAUGCAGAAAGAGUUUCAGCUCCACCUCACCACAAAGCUGAACAUCCACACUUGCCCCAUAUGACUGGUGAACCCCCAAAUCUGCAGCUUGCCAUAACCCCAGAACCCACCAUAGAAGAGGGAAUCUUCCCAGUCCUCCCUGAGGCUACAGAUCAACCUUCAGCUCCAGUGAAUAAUGUGGAACUGUCCAUAAGUCAGCAAGAGGCUUUUUCUGAGCCCUCCGGAGAAGCUGAGCUCUUGCAAUUUCAACCAGAGGCUCCAGCUAAAUCUUUAGAACUCCCUCAGCAGGAGACUACACUUGACAAUCUACAGACUUCUGAGGAGGGCGAGCCAUCUUUGACCUCUCAAGAAGCUGAAGCUCAGCCUCCAGAGCUCCCUAAUGAAUUCAUAGCUCAGCCUCCAGAACAAGAGGAAAUAACAGUCUCUCCUCUAGGUGACAAUCAAGUUCAGCCUCCAACACUGAACCAUGGUGUUGUUACUCCUACAGAGUUGUUGUCUAGAGAGGUUGAAAUCGAAAGUUCAACUGCACGGGAGGCUCCAGCUCAGUCCUCAGUGUCCCUUGAGCAGCUUGAAACUCUCAGAGACAAUCAAGAGCCUAUAAUGCCACAGCCAGACCCUGCUGUAAAGGAUGAACAGGAUGCAUUUGAUAGAGAGGUCCCAACUGCACCCACAGAGCUUGCUGGGGAAUAUUCUUCAGACCCGCCUAAGAACUUGCCUAUGUCCCCAGACCCCUCUGGUGCAGCAGUUUCUGUGAUCCAGCAAGAGCUCACAGCUCAGUCUUCAGGACUCAUUUCAGCCCAGCCUUCAGAGUCACCCAAGGAUAUAGAACCAUUUUCAGUCACCCAGGAGGAGGAUGCAGAUCCACUUUCAGAGCCACCCAAUGAGAUGGAACCUUCUGUAGCUGAGCAGAUGACCCCACCUCAGCCUGCAGAACCCCUUGAGGAAGAGGAACCAUCUCCUGCACCGCCAUCAGCCGCAUCUCCUCCUCCAGAGCCUCCCGAGAAGGUCGAAUUUCCUCCCACCCAGCCCAUGAUGCUACCUGAGCUUCCAGGUGAGCCACCCAGCAGGAAUACAGCUCACCCUUCACCCCAUUCUGAGUUGACAGUUGCAGCAACAGCUCAGGUUCAAGCUCAGCAGCCAAGCAUCUCAUUUCAUCCUUUGGACAUGGAAGUCACCAUCAUUCCAGAGCCUACUACAGACAGUGAAUUUUCUACUGCCCUGAAGACUACAGCUCCUCCUUCUAAGCACCACACAGUGACACCUCCACCUCCAGACUUGGUUCAGACUAAGCGUUCAAAACUCAAUCUGCUCACAGUUCGACCUUUGCACUGGAAGCUUAUCGGCACUCCAGGAAUUAGUGCAAAAGUCAGACCUUCUCCACGUAUGCAGGAGACCCCAUCCCAGCCUCCAGAGCCACCUAAGGAGACUGUCGUUCAAACUCCAGCAUCUCAUAAGGUGAAAGUUGUAACUCCAGGUCUGGAGCCAACUCAGCAUCCAACAUCAUCCGUGGUCACAGACCAACCUUUGGAGCUCACAACUGCAGUACUCACCAUAGAGGCUCAGGAUUCUGUGCCCUUGCGGGAAGCUGCAUCUCCUCCUGUAGAGCAGCCUGGCGUAGUGCUCACACACCCAGAGCAGGUGCAGGCUCAGCAUCCAAGCCUGGCUGAAGUCACCGUUCAGCCUUUGGAUGUGGAACUUGUGGUCACUGACUAUUCCGUGAGUAACUCUACAGGAAAGACUUCCACAGUGCAAGAGAAGCAGAAUGCCAGGACGAACACUAGUAUAUGUGAGCUCUGCACCUGCCAGAAUGAGACCUUGUCCUGUACUGGUCUCAGCCCAAAGUACCAGCUCCACCAAGUGCCUGUACUAGAGCCCAACACCACCUUUACCACCUUCAAUUUCCAAGAAAACGCUAUUUUUUACCUUGCUGAAAACGUCUGGACAAGAUACAAGUGGGCUGAGAAACUAAAUCUCAGUGGAAAUGACUUGACUGAAUUACAUAAAAAUUCCUUUAAAGGCCUGCUGUCCCUCCAGUAUUUGGAUUUAUCCUGCAAUAAAAUACAGUUUAUUGAAGCAAAGACGUUUGAACCACUACCGUUUUUGCAGUUUCUAAGUCUUCGUGGCAAUUUGCUCACACAGCUUAGCUUUGGAACAUUUCGGGCAUGGCACAGGAUGCCGCUUCUACACACAGUCAUCCUCAAUCACAAUCCCCUGUCGACUGUUGAAGAUCCCUAUCUUUUUAAAUUGCCAGCCUUAAGAUAUCUCGACUUGGGAACAACACAAACGCCACUUCCGGUGGUUGAGAACAUCCUCAUGAUGACGCUGGGACUAAAAACAUUGGUCAUCCCGAGGCAUAUGGCCUGCUGCCUCUGCCAGUUUAAAAGCGAUAUUGAGGCUGCGUGCAAGACAGUCAAGCUGCACUGUGAUGGUGAGUGUGUGAGUAAUGCCACACUGUGCCUGGAGGAAGCCCCAGUCGGGAACGCAGAAGGAGCCUUCAUGAAGGUGUUACAGGCCCGGAAGAACACCAAGACCGAGCUGGUGAUGGAGUCUGAAAAGUCAUCUUCUGAACAAAGCGAUGUCAGCUGGUCGGACCUCGAGAAUGAGGAGCUUGACUCUAAUGAUGCAAACGAAGAGGUUGGAGAGCUCAAUUCCAUGCUGCCCUAUUUCUCAGAGAUAAAUGUAGAAGAUGUAGACUCACUGUUGCCAUUCAUUCGGCUCUUUUCCUCAAAUGUACAAACUGUAGCUCAUCGCCAGGGUUACACAAAAGACAGUGUGAGAAACCCCUCUCAUCCACCUGUGCCCAGCACUUCAGCUUACAGAAAUGAGCUGAAGAAGCUGUAUAUCCUACAGAAUUGGUUAAACGCUGAAAUUCAGCGGGAAAUUGAGGCCUUUAAGAAGAAGGAGAAAACGGCCAAGCUCAUGCAGUCCAGCCUUUCAAGUCCCAACUUUCAAGUCGUUGCCAAGAAGUUGGCAAGUGCUCAAGCACAGGAAAACAGCCUGGUAGAAGAUCAGCACGAAAGCAAAAGGCUGCGGACAGUGGACAGGGUCCUCAAGGGCCCGAAGGGCACACAGAAAAGACUGCUGAAGGAAAGGCAGAAAGAGAAGAUCAGGGAGAAGCAGGACACCCUGCUACUGGCAGAAAAAGCCACAGGUGGACAAAGCCUCAGAAGCCCCAGCACAGGGAAGGCGGGGCAGAAAGAGGGGGCGCUGGGGCCCAGGAACUUGGCCGGGAACCCACUUCGUACAGAAGAAAAAGCACCCAGGUCUUCCUCCCUGCAGGCUCCCCUGCUGGGAGGAUCUGCCAUCUCCGCCUCUGCCAAAGCCCUACAAGGGGCGAGGAACCAAGCAAGAGAGCUCACCAGGAGCAUUUUGAUUUUAGAACAUGCCAGUACCAAAAUUAAAAACACGAAACCUAUUAAACCAAUCUUAGGUUCCAAAAAUGGUCAUGGCGUUCAUCAAACUCACUCAACACCCGAGGCCCCCAGAACACUUGAGGCCAACCCCAGGGAGCAGCUCACAAAGGAAGACACACGCAGGGGACUGAAGAUGGCAGAGAGGCCUCUGUUCUCGGCAUUGAGGAGCCUCAUCCAUUCCCCCUUUAAAGGGCUCCUCUCCUCCUCAGGAGACCUGCGCACUCAGGAGCAUCCUUCCCCCAAAUUAUAUGCUCCUGCCCAACCCUCUGCAGGAAGCGCUGCUGUAGAAACCCUUACUGCAGGCAACGCCGCUGAAAAUCAUGUUUUUACCACAAACUCGCCCGUUCCAGCCACGGAUUCUGCCGUGACUGCCCUCACCCCGAUGCCCACCGAUGAGCACACCGAUGAGCACACCAGUGACACGCACUGGGAGUACAACAGCACCGGCUCGGAGCAGCCGCCUCCAGAAACCUCGGUCCCCUUGCUGCCGUCCCCCAGCGAUGAGCUUGAAACCCAGCUAAACCAGCAGUUUCACAUCCUCAUCCCCAACAAGGAGGUGAGGAGGUUCGUUUCUUACCUGAUCCGCACUCUGAAAAUGGACUGCUCCGAGCCCCACCUGCAGCUGGCCUGUGCCAAGCUCCUCUCGAGAACGGGCCUCCUGAUGAAGCUGUUCAGCAAGCAGCAGCAGGAGAAGGAGGCCCAGGCCCGGUGGGACACCAAGCAGUGGGAGGAGGGCGAGACCUACAUCAGCGAUAGCGCGGGGGCCUCGGGCCAUCAGAAGGAGCAGGCGGGGCUGAGGGACAACGCGCAGGAUCUUCCGGGCCACAGAUACAACCUCAAACAUAUCGUGGCGAUAUCCAUGAUGGCGUUCGUGAUGCUCCUGAUCGUCAUCUUCAGCCUCAUCGAGACUUGGUACCGCAGAAAAGCCGCGAGGGCAGGCAAGGAAAGGCCGGCAAAGGGCCUGUUCGGGUGGCGAAGGAAGCGCUCCACCCGGGAAAAGGACAGUGAGGAGGGCUCCGCCAGGCUCUGGCGGCCGCCGUGGCUCCGGGACGUGAGCAAGCCUCUCAGCGCCAUGCGCCGGCAAAGCAUGGUGCAGAAGCUGCGUGACGAGGACUCUUCGGACGAGACCGAGCUGUUCAUUAAGAACAAAGAGCAGACCAGCCAGGCCUCCGCGGAGGCGUCGGCGAUGGCCGAGGAAGAGGACGAGGACUAACCCCUUCCUACCUCGGGUGACUGCCAAAUUUUGUUUUGGCAUUGCUUACAAAAUAACUUUUGUCAAGUUAUAAUGUGUCAUAUUCAAAAUAAAAUCAAAGGCACACAAAUGUACCCUGGCUGUGCUGACUCUUUGCAAAGCUGAGAGGAGGAAUUUGUCUCAGGGGCCGGAUCCCGGUCUUGGCGCUGGCCUGUGGCAAUGUC